AUGUGCUCUUCAGAAGGUGAUUGCAGGCCUCUGGGCUUUCUGCUCGGCCUUCCUUUUGGUUUCCUCUCCCUCAUCCUCUCCAUCGUCGGCAUCGUUAUCUGGAUCGUCGGAUUGUUGCUGACUUGCAUAUGUCCGUGCUGUUUGUGCGUGACGGUUGUCGUGGAGUUGGCUCUGGAAUUGGUCAAAGCCCCAAUUCAUGUGAUGGAGUGGUUCACUUCUCAAAUCCCCUGCUAA